UUGGUGCUUCGACCAGGAACAUGACAACUUCGUUGGCAACGGGGAUUAGGCUACAGGGAUGGUACUCGUAUAGUAUGGUUAGACAUGGAAUAUGACGGAUCAAACGAAGUCAUAAGCAUUUUUUUAGCACUGAUUUAAUGGACAUUUAACGGACUAUUAGGGAACUAUCAGGGAAUAUUUUAUAGCGGAACUGCUUGGAGGUGGUCUCACCGUUGACAAAACAGGUAACUGACAUCUCUGAAAUCAAGCAAUGAGGAUAUCUUUGCGCAACAUAAGUGCUGCGGCUUUAGUGGUCGCCACCCUUUGCCUGGUUGUAAUUUUGAACAAGGACAACUCCUCCUAUGACCUCAGUCAAGGCAUCUCCCAGAGAGAGCUCCCUAGUGUACCAAAGGAAGACAUGAUUCAUUCCCCUGAUGAUGACGUCCAGUACCCUGCCCAGACAGAGCUCCCGCCACAGCCAUACUGCGAGCGUAAUUACUCCAUGGCCAACGUGUCAGACUUUGCCACGCUGCCGCCCCACAUCCAGGACUUCCUGUUCUACCGCCACUGCCGGCACUUCCCCAAGAUUCUGGACGCGCCGGACAAGUGCGGUGGGCCGGAGGCCUCGUCCGACGUGUUCCUGCUGCUGGUCAUCAAGAGCUCGCCGCACAACUACGACCGGCGGGAGGUACUGCGCAAGACGUGGGCACAGGAGCGGCAGCACAGCGGCAAGUGGAUCCGCCGCGUCUUCAUCUCGGGCGUGACGGUAGACGCCGGCUUCGAGCGGCAGCGGCUCAAUAAGAUGCUGAAGCUGGAGAGCCAGGAGUACGGCGACGUGAUCCAGUGGGAUUUCAUCGACACCUUCUUCAACCUGACGCUCAAGCAGAUGCUCUUCCUGGAGUGGAUGGAGCAGCGCUGCCCCGGCGUCCGAUUCCUGCUCAACGGCGACGACGACAUCUUCGCCAACACCGACAACAUGGUGGACUACCUGAGCGGCCUGCCCGACGGCAACGACGGCAGCAAGCACCUGUACGUGGGCCACCUGAUCCGCUGGGUGGGCCCCAUCCGCGAGAAGUGGAGCAAGUACUACGUGCCCGUGCAGGUGCAGGAGUCCGAGUCCUACCCGCCGUACUGCGGAGGCGGGGGCUUCCUUCUCUCCGGCUCCACGGGGCGCAUUAUAUACAAGAUGUCUCAGUCCAUCACCCUGCUGCCCAUCGACGACGUCUACAUGGGCAUGUGUCUGCAGAAGGCCGGACUGGAGCCCGUGUCUCAUUUUGGGGUCAGAACGGCAGGGCUCCCUGUCCCCUCGUCCAAGGUGGACUCCUACCACCCCUGCUACUACCGGGAGAUUCUUCUGGUCCAUAGAUUCCUGCCACACCAAAUAUACCUCAUGUGGAACAGGAUAAAUGAACCCAAUUUGAAAUGUGACGGUUCGCAGGUCUCGAAACUUUAGCAGAAACCAACAUUUAAUUUAUUUUCUCCGUUUCUAUCUCCCUGGGAACACAAUGAUAUUUGAUUGAACUAAAUGUCAUUAAUAAAUCAGUAAUGAUUGUCUGGGACGAUGGCUAUUGCCAUUAGAAAGGCAAUGGAUAUGGCCCCGGCAGUGGCGCAACUGGCUGGGGCACCUGCACCGUAUGCUGGCGACCCGGGUUCGAUUCCCGCCCCGUGGUCCUUUCCAGAUCCCACCCCGAUUCUCUCUCCCACUCACUUCCUGUCAUUCUCUCUACUGUCCUGUCCAAAUAAAGGCAUAAAAAGCCCAAAAAAAUAAUCUAAAAAAAAA